GAGACACCAGGACCGGCCCUCCGCCCCUCCGCCGCUCCCCGGACCCCCGGGACCCCCGGACCCCGCCGACGACCACCCACCAUGGCCUCCAAGUGCCCCAAGUGCGACAAGACCGUCUACUUCGCCGAGAAAGUCAGCUCUCUGGGCAAAGACUGGCAUAAGUUUUGCUUGAAGUGUGAACGCUGCAACAAGACUUUGACCCCCGGGGGUCACGCGGAGCAUGUUGGGAAACCGUAUUGCCACAAGCCUUGCUAUGCCACGCUGUUUGGGCCCAAAGGUGUGAACAUCGGUGGCGCCGGUUCCUACAUCUAUGAGAAGCCGCCAGCGGACGAGGCCCUGGUGACCGGCCCCAUAGAGCAUGUGGCCAGGGCGGAGGAGCGGAAGGUCAACACCGCCUCCAACCCUCCCAGGGGGCCCAGCAAAGCCUCCAGUGUCACCAUCUUUACCGGAGAACCCAACAUGUGUCCCCGCUGUGGCAAAAGGGUCUACUUUGCUGAGAAGGUGACCUCGCUGGGCAAAGACUGGCAUCGUCCAUGUCUGCGCUGCGAGCGCUGCAGCAAGACCCUGACCCCGGGAGGCCAUGCCGAGCACGACGGGCAGCCCUACUGCCACAAGCCUUGCUACGGGAUCCUCUUCGGGCCGAAAGGUGUGAACACCGGCGCUGUGGGGAGCUAUAUCUACGACAAAGAGCCCGAGGCCAAGGACCAGCCCUAAGGAUCUCCCCUUACCCUCCACCUCCUCUUGUGCCCCUUCCCCCCCAAAACCCCUCCUCCUCUUCCUCUUUCUCCCCCCCGCCCCGUGCCCUUUCCCCGAGGCCUCGCUUCCUCCUCCCGUCUACACUAGCAGCUGUCUACACCAGCAGCUCAGGCGGGGGGCAGGAUGACGACCACCCUAACCCUGUGUGCUCCCACCUGCCUGUCCACCCCCAUCUCUGCCCAUCUGUCCGCCGGGCCUGGAAUCCAAACGAAGGAAAAAUAAAGAGCUGCCGCCCCCUCCCCAAA